AAGUUCGAGUAAUUUCCCUGUCUUUUGAACCAAUGAAAAGCAGGAAUGUCUUUGUGAUUUAAAAUGGACUUUUAAACGUGUGUAUCAUUGAUAGGCAAACAAAUAACUUCUCUUUGACGAUGUCCUUGUUGGCUCAUGUGUUUUUCUUGAUCACGACAUCAGUCCUAGUGAACAAAAAUGCUCCUGAGCCUUACAUGGAUGAAAUAUUCCAUAUUCCUCAGGCACAACAUUAUUGCCAAGGUGACUAUGCUGUGUGGGACCCCAAAUUGACCACACCUCCUGGAUUAUAUCUCAUGAGUAACUUGAUAGCCCUUGUAGGUCAAGUAUUCCAGCUUGAUCUCUGUACCAUAAACACGCUACGUUUCACUAAUAUUUUGUUCUCGAUUGGCCUCUAUGUUGUACUUGUUCAACUUGUCAAAUCAGGCCAUGAUUGGCACGCUAGACUGUAUGCACUUGCAUUAGCAUGGUUCCCUGUUGGCUUCUUUUAUAAUGCAGUGUAUUAUACAGACACAGGAUCCACAUUUUUUGUCUUGCUGUGUUAUUUAGCAGUCAAGAAGCGAUAUUAUCAUGCAGCUGGUUUGGUGGGUAUUGUGUCAAUGAGUUUUAGACAGACCAAUGUGAUCUGGCUCUGUUUGUGUAUGAUGGUCGCUGUGAUAGACAUAUUACAAGAUAAAAAGCAACAAGACCAUCCUCUGUACAAUCCAUUAUGUUCAGACAUAACUCAUCCAGUUCAUAUGCUUCAAUCUAUCUCAAGCCUUGUCGUCCAUCUAGUACAUCAGUACCGUAGAGUGAUCUAUCAGACAUGGACAUUCUUGCUUGGGAUUGUCUUGUUUGCUGUAUUUCUUGUAUGGAAUAGUGGUAUUGUCUUGGGGGAUAAAUCAAACCAUAUAGCAGGUCUUCAUUUCCCUCAACUCUUUUAUUUUACAUCCUUUCUGUCUUUCUUUUCUGCUCCUUGGACAUUCUCAGUGGCUUCUAUCAAGAGUCUAUUGACUCUGAAGCAAUGUGUCUAUGGUAUUUUGACAGGCAUGGUGUCUUUGUAUUUGAUUCACAACUACACUUAUGAACAUCCAUUUCUGUUGAGUGAUAAUCGACAUUAUAGUUUUUAUGUUUGGAAGAAUGUUUACAAGAGGCAUGCUUCUGCUCGUUACUUGUUAGCACCUGUCUAUGUGGCAAGUGGAUUCUUGAAUGUACAUGUAUUUGCUCAAUACAAUAGCUUCUUGUUUGUCUUGGGCUACAUGAUCACACUUGUCUUGACACUCGUACCUUCUCCUCUGCUUGAAUUCCGUUAUUUCAUUCUUCCCUUCUUGUUCUACAUGAUCCAUCUUCCUCCUCCUGUUCAAACCUAUCGUACUUUGAUUGGACUUGUUCUUUAUGCUAGUUUACACAGUGCUGCCAUGUAUCUGUUUAUUUACAAGCCAUUUACAUGGCCAAAUGAACCAGGACAAAUACAACGAUUUAUGUGGUAAUGGCUUUAUUGAAUAAUAAAAGAAUGAAUUAUCGCUUAUGUCUAUUGUCAUCAUCAUCAUCAUCACUGUUGUCGUCAUCUUCACGCGCUCUUUUGCCCUUCUUUGCCUUGUUCAAAAAGGUAUCUAAACCAAAGACAUCUUUGUCUGUCUUGGGCUUGGCCAUGGUUUCUUUUUCAAAUUCAACAGGACCAGCUGAAGUUUCACCUCCUUCUGUGCCUUGGAAACCCUUUCGAACACCAAAUUUGUCUUGUCGAAUUGAUCUUUCAAGGUCUUCUGU